AUGGUGCACUUUGUAGUGAACUUUUAUAUUGAGAAGAACAAAGAUAAGUCAAAUCCUACAAGCGCAAAUGAGUCAAACGGUCAAAGGUACAAGUUUUGGAACUUCAGCCAAGAAGAAAAGAAGUUGUGGAUGUUGUGGAUGUGGUUCAUGUUCCACAUUAUAGUUAUUCUUCCCAUUCCACAGGCGUUAAUGUCAAACGUACUUUCAGAAAUGAGACGCGCGAAAUAUACAAAUAAUGUAACAAUCUUGAACGUUGUUCUUCUUAUCCAAUAUGUGCCAAGAGUUCUUCAAAUCUACCUAUCCUUGAAGGAACUGGAAGGAUCGGUUAUUCCCAUAAAGAUCAGAGCUUCAUUCAAUUUCUUUCUAUACCUCCUGGCUGGUCAUGUAUUUGGAGCCUUUUGGUAUUUUUUCUCGACUCAACGACUGACAUCUUGUUGGCGUGAAGCGUGUUUACAUCAAGGUGGAUGCGUCCAAGGUUCUUUUAACUGUGACCACCGUUUUGGAAAUCUUUCUGCUUUACAUGAUUUCUGCCCUAUUGAUUCAACAAAUACAAGUACCUUUGAUUUUGGAAUAUUUCACGAAGCCCUUAAGUCCGGGAUCUUAGAGUCCACAGAUUUUCCAAAAAAAUUAAUUUACUCUGCCUGGUGGGGCUUGCGAAAUUUAAGUUCUUUUGGUUCAAACCUCCAAACAAGCACGUACAUAUGGGAAAAUGCCUUUGCAUUUGGAAUUUCUAUCUUUGGCCUGUUAUUAUUUCUUUAUUUCUUGGGAAACUUGCAGGUUUACAUGCAGCGUGGUGCUACAAAAUCACUUAAAAUAUCUGAAAGUAUUCUGAAUGUGGAAUCACCCGUAACCGUCUGAUCCUGUUGUUGAACCCAAGACAACUUCUAUUUUACAAAGACUCUGAUUGCUGAUGCUUUAAGAAAACUAGUUCUGAAUCUAGCAGGAGUACCUGAUAUUGUUAUUGCAAAGCAAUGGUUUGUUUUGAUGUCUUUGCUGUUUUCAGAUUUGUUUUUCUAGUGAUGGAGUUGCUACUUGUUUGGAUUCUGAAAAAUAAUGGCAAAAUUAGGAAAAGGACAACGUGUGAAUUCUGUUUGAUGAACGGCAUUAAAUUCAAUAAGGACUCUGUUUGUGUGUAGUUUAUUUACACCUUUUGUAAUA